AUGGACCUUCACGUGCGUCUCACCUGGCUGCUUCUGCUGAGCACCACUCUCCUGUCUCAGCCAGAUGCAAUGUACUCCACAGUUGCACCGACAGGUUCCUCCCCUGCAUCCAGCUCAACCCCAGCACAGUCUGAGACAUCGCCUGCUCCAGAGACCGUGGCAGCCCUCAAGGAAGAUGCGUCUUCUGCACCCAGGACUGUCACAGAGGAAGUCACCACAUCAGCUCCUGAAAUCCCAGCCACAGCUGAUGAAGCCUCUGAAGAUACUUCAGAAUCUGCCCUAUAUGUAGAAGAUGUGACUACCUCAGCUGCAGAAAUCCUUUCCACAGUGGCUGAAGGCAACAGACUGCCUCCUUCCCGAGGCUUCCCAGGCUCUAGGAGAAGAGCCAAGAGAAGCACAAGUGACGGCGUUGUCAUUGUCAUUGUCCCCAACCUGGAAUUGGACAGAAACUGCCAGCUUGACUUCACAGCAGUCUGUGAUGGCCCCACCACGAACUCUGGAUUAUUGGGGAAAGUGUGUGGGUGUGCCCAGGCCACAUUUGAGUCUUCUUCAAACGUGAUGACAGUUCUGCUGUCCACCGACAACACCAACUCCUACAGAGGAUUUUCAGCUCAGUAUUCCAGUGUUCCCCUGCCAGGUCCUGUGGAGCCCAACAAAUGCACAAUGAAGAACAAUGAAACCUUAGAAGUCAUUUACACAACAAAAAACAAUGCCACCCAACACAUGCCUGCUGGGGGAAGGCACAAUGUCAGCAUGGCCUUCUACAAGUCAGAUCAGCUCUCCAAGCCCACACAAAACUUCCCCUACUAUGUAGACUUGAACCAAACUCUCUUUGCUGAAGUGACUCUUCAUUCCACUGACCCAAAUCUCCAGGCGUUCAUUGAUACUUGCACAGCAUCUCCACAGCCUGAUUUUGGAUCACUGACAUAUGACUUGAUCAGAAGUGGCUGCAAUAAAGAUGACAUUGUGGUAACCUACCCAGCAUUUGAAAACCAUGGAAGAUUCAAAUUUAGGGCCUUCAGGUUUCUGCAGAGCUUUCCAUCAGUUUAUCUCCAGUGUGUUGUGAUCUGUGACAGCAACACCACCAGCUCUCACUGUUCCAGAGGCUGCAGCUCCAGGCAGAAAGACAUUUCUCCAUACACGUGGAAAACUAACACUGUAGCAGGUCCCAUCCACCUGAAAAGAGAUCUCAGGGCUGCUGAGUACUCAAAAUCCCUCACUGAAGCAGAAGCUGAAAAAACACCAAACCUGCAACAAUACAACUCCACUCUGGCAUUUGUGAUUUUAAUUUCAAACAUUCUCCUUGUGGUAGCUGUGAUACUAAAACAUCACAAACACCAUGCAGGAUACAGCUAUCAAAAUAUCCAGAGCUCGUUUUAA